AUCUCGGGUGACCUCAGCUGGAAUACGCACUUUGAAAGUGUAUAUAAUUAUGCAUAUAGAAAACUUUGUUUUAUGAGGCGAUCUUCAAGAGGGACGAAUUCCGAUAUCCGGACCAACGUUUAUAUAACUCUAGCGCGCCCAACAUUGGAAUAUGCAUCGAUAAUAUGGGACCCCCACGCACAAACUCAAAUAAAUAAAGUGAAGCGCAUUCAAAGGCUAGCAACAAGGUUCAUUUUUCCUAAAUACGAUAGGCCCGAGUCUGUUCCGGCAUUGUUGAGGGAAGCGCGAUUAUCCUUUUUAGAGCCAAGACGAAGAAUUGCGCGGCUGAGGUUUUUAUAUUUGCUGUAUUUUAAGUAUCCCCAUAAUGACACGCAAAAUUAUAUCAGAUCUGGAAGAUGGUCUCGACGACUAAACAACGAAUUGUCAGUUGACCCUUUUAUGCCCAAUAUUGAUAUUUUUAAAUAUCCGUUACUUGUAAAACCAAUUGAAGAAUGGAGCAGAUUACCCUCCUAG